AUGUUCUCCAUCACUACCAUUUCCCACAAAACCAGCGACUGUAAGCAGCCGUUGGUGAUGCUUACCAACAGAGAAGGCUACCGAUACUUCUUUGGCAAAAUCCCCGAGGGAACCCAGCGUGUGCUCAAUGAAAAUGGCGUAAAGCUCGGAAAGUUGAAGAGCAUCUUCUUGACGGGAACAAUCCGCACAUGGGAGGAUAUCGGUGGCCUUCCGGGCUUGUUCUUGACCAUCAGCGAUGCCACCAGCAGAGGUAUUGAUGUGUUCACGAACUCCAGCAGAGUCAUGGCGUUCGUAGUUGCUACUUGGCGUUACUUCGUAUUUCGCCGAGGCAUUGAACUCAACAUUCUUGAUACCGAUAACCAGAACUUUAUUGGGGACUCCAGCACUGUUUUCAGACCUGUCAAGAUCCAAAGUAAUGCGGCCACCAACUCUAUGGAUGAACUGCUUGCUCAGAAAAUCCACUCACAACUCAAAAAAUUGACUUCGUUGAUGUUUCCGUUAGACACAUCCAAGGCCAACGAUCCGGACCCAGAGUCUUACAAGUCAGAUCCCAGUGAAACUGAAAUCCAGACCCACGUGAGACUUCCAGACCCGUCAAUGUUGGCCCAGGUUGCUGACCAACCUUCGCUUAAUUUUGUUAUCCGAUUCAUCCCUGUAAGAGGAAAGUUCGACCCCCAAAAGGCAAAAGCUUUCGGUGUCAAGCCUGGCGUGAACUUCAGAAAUCUCACCAAUGGAGAAUCGGUGUUGAACGAUAAAGACGAGUUGGUGCAUCCUCACCAAGUCAUGGAACCUUCCAAGUCUUUCCGUAAGCUCAUUAUCCUUGAUAUUCCAAACUCACGUUACUUGGACAACACCAUCUCCAGUGGAGAGUGGUUUUCUGAAUCUGAAGAUGCUGGACCCGAAACUGCCGGUUUAGUGUACCAUUUCUUGGGGGACGACAUCGAAUUCUGGCUGGACAAGUAUAUUAACUUCAUCUCGAAGUUCCCUGCUGACUGUAAGCAUGUUAUUAGUCACUCGCUGAUCGCAGAUGAUACUUUGGUAUUCAAGACUUAUGCCAUCCAUUUGCUCAAGCUCAAAUGCAUUCUUAAUGACAGCUUCAGCUUACCUCAUAUUGAAGAACACAAGCCAUUGGAAGAGCGUCCCAACAUUUUAAAGCUUCAAUCGCUUCAACAGUUCAGUAUUGAUCCUUCUGGAAUCCUGGAAAUCAACGAUAAUGUUGUCAGUGAAACAUGGUCUACUUUGUAUGACAAGGAGAUUUCGCAAACUGAGCUUUCCAAAACGUCGAAGCAAGAAUUGUUGCAGAAAGCAAUUCUCCCAUUGCUGUUGCCUGAAGUUCCCAACUCGCUCAAGGAUUUAGUGCAAGUCGUGACUUUGGGUACUGGUUCUGCAUUGCCUUCCAUCCACAGAAAUGUUCUUUCUAAUUUAUUGAGAAUUCCGUAUGUUGAUCCAGCCACCAACGAGGUCAAAUACAACUCCAUUUUGUUGGAUGGCGGUGAAAAUACCAUUGGUUCUUUGACCAGGAAUUUCGGUCAUAAUGGACAUGAGCAUCUUAAGCAAAUUUUUGACGAGUUGAGACUUAUUCAUCUCAGUCAUUUGCAUGCUGACCACCAUCUUGGAAUCAUUUCCGUCAUCAGCGCAUGGUUUGAGGCCAACAAAUACAACAACAAAAAAUUGUACCUCAUCAUUCCCUGGCAAUACAAUAACUUCGUAUCGGAAUGGUAUCGACUCGAGCAUCUUACCAGUGCUAUUGAUUUGCACCGGAUUGUAUAUAUUAGCUGUGAAGAGUUUAUGAGAUACCCCGAGCAAGAGUUGGAGCAAUUCUCGAUUGACGAAUUUGAGCAGAAGUUCGACAAUGGCAGGCUUAAUGAUCACAUUCCAAAAGCCGCUCCUUGUCCUCCAAGCACUGCUUUGAUCGAGCAACUUUAUCAUGACUUGAAUAUUCAAAGAAUUCAAACUGUUCGUGCAAUCCAUUGUUAUUGGUCCUACUCUAUUAGUUUGACAUUCAAUUUGACUGCCUCAGAGACUUUCAAGGUGUCAUUCUCCGGAGACACAAGACCAAGCACCAGAUUUGUUGACUCUGGGCGUGGAAGCGAUUUGCUUAUUCAUGAGGCAUCUCUCGAGAACGAACUUAUCGAAGAGGCCAUUGCCAAAAAGCAUUCUACUGUGGUGGAGGCAGUGAAGGUGUCCCAGUUGAUGGAUUGUCCAAAGGUUAUUUUAACUCAUUUCAGUGCCAGAUUCUCGGAGAAACACAGUUUCAUUGAAAAUGCUGGCCAAUACGAAGAGUUGACCAAUCAUCUUAAAUCUUACCUUGGCAGGACCACCUCCAACAUUUUUGGCAUGGACGGUAGAAACAAAUAUUCAUUCGACGAUCUACAGAUAUGCUACGCUUACGAUCUCAUGAACGUUCGUUACAAGGACUUGAAUUGCCAGAAACCAUUUUUCGCAGCAAUCAAUGGACUCUCCUCCAGUGAGAAAACCGAAGACCAAAUAUUGAAAGACAAGAAAGAGAUGUUGAGGAAAUCUGAAAAGCGAGAAGCUAAGCGUUUGCUCAGACUUUCUGGGAAUAGGAAACGCCGUCUAUCUGGCGAAGGUAUAUAG